GGGAAUCUUCCCCGAACGCUCCCUCGGUUCCGUCAUUUCAUUUCAGUUCUCGUUAACAACGCCCUUUUUCCCAUCCCACAUGGCAACCUUUCCUCUUUACUCUCCAGUUGGUAAACUCUCAUUCAGCCUUUACUGGAUAUUGACCAUGUGCGUGGCGUCGGACUUUCUCUAUUAGGUUCAACUAGGCUUGUCCUAGAUACAAAUCCGUGUCUGUGCCGUGCCCCGGACUCUGGACGGUUUUUGUCUUGCAUGACUCUUGCGCUUUGAUCUCCAGUUCACGCUGUGAUGACCUGAUCCUUAUCCCACUGCCAGGACCAUCUCUAUGCCCGAUUUGAGAACAUGUCAAGGCUGGCUGAGACAAGAAGUCAUCGAGAUGAUAGAGAAAACGGUGAGAGAUACCGAAAAAAUACAUCUUUUUUUCAGGGUUCACGAGGCAGCAGUAAAUCCCCUGUCACUACCACGUUUUACCACACUCCGGGGACUCUUUCACGCCGCAGAAGUGCAUAAAAUCCCAUGCCAAUCAACCCAUUCCAUGCAUCCCCCAAAAAGAACCCAUAUCCGAAUAUCAUCCAACACACACACCCAUCCUCUGCACCAUCUCCCACUUCCCAUCCCUAGACCCAACGACUUUCUUCGAGAAGGACUCACCAGGGGCAAUCCCGGACCGUUUCAGCCAUGGCCAGAAACAGACCUUCCCUCCGAAGAUCCCCUUCGCUUCGUUGACCAGAGAGCCGGUAACCUAGGCUGUUCUCGUCAUUUAAACUUUCUCGCUUGGGUUUCAGAAUACGGGUUUUGUCCUGACUAACGGAGGUUUUUUGGGGGGGUUUGCGACAGGAGAGCAACAAAAAACGGUAGCUGACUCGGUUGGGGAUGGCGAUUGAUUGCCUGAAACGCACUUGGAAUGACAUGCUGGUGGUGAUAGAUAGAUCGAAGCUUGUCUGUUUCCGGGUGAGAUUGGGCUGAAACUGAGGUUCUCAUGGUUGAUGACAGUUCCGAUAAGAUUUAGUCUGGAUGAACAUGAAUCGAGGACGAUGGUUACGUCAACGACAUAAUAGGAGACCUCGCAAGUGUCAGGAACUGUCCAGUGCUUGCGCCUCGAGGACCAAGUUGGCAAAAGAAUGCGAGCCUAAAGGGACUCAAGGCGUGGUGCCUGAACAGCAUGAAUGCUAAGCUUUGUCUCAUCGGCAGCCACAAGCGUUGAGCUUUAACUAGCUCCUCGGAGGUGCCCAUCAAGGGACACUCAACUGAACAUGAAUUCGAGCGGCGUCGAUAUCUGAAACUACCUACCUUUGAGUUUGUGUAUUGAUAAGUGCCAGUGGUCUCCCAGCCUUAUUCAUGCCUUACACUAGUUCAGCUGAGAUGGCAUAAUAAUAACGUCAUGACAUUUACAAGGCAUUAACGUC